AUGUGGGUAUUGAAUGAUGCACCAGAAGAUAUAAAUGAUAUUCGAGAACUUGAAGUUCAAUUAUGUGAAUUCUUUGCCAUUGCUAAAAAAGCAGAUGGAUUACCAUAUUCAGUUAAUUCACUUUUAGCUACUAUUCAUGCAAUUAACAGAAAAACUAAAGAUCUAACUGAAAAAGGAUAUAGUGAAACACAUGAGUCAGAUUCACUAUCAUUUGAAGAAAUUCAAUUUAUGCUACAACAUUAA